AUGUAUGUCCCCAAUUCAAAAUGGACGUGGUCGUUUGUCGCCGUGACAACUAUCCAAGCGGCAAUCAUCCUUGCUUUUGAAUCAUAUGUAUUUGCUCGAUUCCAAACACAGCUCAGGGGCAACGCAGACACGCAGACCCAGUCGAAAACCAUUCCCACCUUCUUAACGCUCUAUAUUUUCGGAUUCAUAUAUGAAUUGGUUUUGGUGUAUGAUGCGUUACGCCUCAAAAACACUAUUCAAGUGAUUGGACUCUGCGUCUGUAAUGUCGGCUUACUUAUCUAUGGUGCUGUCCAAACGGACCAGAUCAAGGAUGCCGUCACCAGUCUAAGUAUGCAGGGCAAUAUCAACGGCGAGGUUUGGGGGGAGAUGAAGCCAUUUUUAAUAGCAAUCCCGUGUAUCAUUGGUUUCGGGACCGUUAUCAUGGCUUUCCUUGCCUGGAAGCUGUACGAUGAAUUUGCAUGGACUAUCUACAAGCAUAUCAGCGCCGAUUUACGAAUGAAACGUCGAUACCUUACGUAUCAGAUCUAUAUCGCUUUGUUGAAAUUCGACUUCUUCUUCUUCUUGGGUUUCACCGUUCAAUUCGUUGUUAUUGUUACCGAGAAGGCCACUAUUGAAUUCGCUUUGACAUUGGCUGCAAUUCCCGUUACAAUCCUCAUCCUCGUCAUGGCUGCAUUCUGGACACGCCGCGAGAAUACCCCUGGAAUGAUUAUCAUCAUUCUGCUGUACUUCGGAGGUCUUGCAUACUUCCUCUUCAAGCUAGUGCGAAUGUACUCUGCAGCUCGCGAAAAGGCGUACUUGCCUGCCCGGCGGUCACUAACAUUUUUCGCCGUCAUCACGAUUAUUUUGAUCAUUAUGACCAUCAUCAAUGCAUGUGUCUGCACUCACAACUUCAACAAGGGCCUGAAGCCUCAUAUCUCGGGUAAAAGACCAAGCCGCGACGAGGAAAAAAGCCAUGGCACCGAGAUGCAUGGCCCAAUGUCAAGUGGGCCUGUCCCAACCCGUAUGACGAUCGAUUAA